AUGGUGCGGUCGGUUUCUUGUGUUCUGCUGCUGUUGGUUUUGAUCGAUGGCGACAUUAAUAUUGCGAAUUCUGGGAAUAAUCUUAUCUUUGAGGAGUCCAGCGAGAGUAUCGAAAUAGCUGUUGGAAAUUACGGUAGGUAUACAUAUCUCUUGAACUUUUCUCCUUGUGUAACGUUUCAUAGUAUUCGAAUUUUGUUAUAGACGGAAAGCGUGAGGUGAUGGAGAGUAGUGGCGAGAGCAAGGAGGACACAGAAGAUGGACCCGAAGCGGCAUCGCCCAUUGUGCCACCACGAACAAGCCUCACCCCUUUCUACAGCCCGCUCCAGCCCGCCAAACCUUUUCCAAUCGAGCCGCCAGACCGUAGCAAAGUUCCGGUAGCUGUUCCAACCCCCUCGCCAGAGCAAUAUACAUUGCCCAGUGGACCACCAAGAGCUGUGGCGCCUUUCACACACAUACCUGUUGCUUCGUCGGUCCCCGAAAGCACGUAUUCGCGGCGUUUGGACCGCUACGUUAGUAAGAAACAAGAUGUGGAGACUGAAGUGCAAGAGAUGGACCAACUACUCCAAAUUUCCACCUAUUACGGUCAAAGUGGAGGCCAGAUUUACUCGCCCUACCAGCCGCAACUCCAAGGAUACCCGGGCUAUCAAGGCUACUCGUCGUAUCAGUCUGGCUAUGCGCAGCAGUAUGGAUAUCAACAACAGUACUCGUCGUGUUGUCCAAAAAGAGCGCUUGAUAUUCCGGGUAACUUUUUUUGGCCAGUAAUUGCAACGGUUAAGAUGUAACAACUUUUUCGCCGUUUGUAAAAUUUGGUUAUGAAAUUCUAGGAUUGGCCCCGGAGCUUCAAGACUGGAUACCCGUCCAGAACGGCCCACUCGAUCUUCCGGAGAUCCCGGCGUUGACGAAGCUCGGCGUUCCCAUCGCAUUUCAGAAGCUGAUCAUCCCCAUGAUCGCGGCCGUUAUCGGAGCUUUCGGCGGCUUUGGUGGCGGUGCGUUGGCAAUUGUUGGAGCCUACUAUGACAACAUUAAGUCGGCACUGAGUGGCAAAGGCUUCGGCGCUUUUGGUUUUGGGGCGAAAACCAGGAACUACACCGAAGCCAUAAGCCCAGCGGAAUUUAUGGCGGAAUUGGAGCUUUUCAAGGCCAUAAAGGAGACCAAGAAGACUAGAGUGUUCAGCAAGAAACGGCAGAAAUUGCGGGCUCUGAGGAGGUUCAGCAAGUGGGGCAAGCGAUUCCAUUGA